GGCGCGUACGUGGUCACACGUCACCAAAUUUACGUUAGGAAAUAGCCGGGACCAGAUCGCAGGCACUGCACCGCGCAUAUUGACAAAUUUCCUCCUUCUUCAAUGCCACGAUGGCUGUCGUGGCCUUUCUCUUCCUUCGUUUGAUUCAUGCGUUAUAUUCCAUUGCCGUCUUCGUGUCUUCGUGCUGGCAACGUUUCAAUUUUGUUCCGCCUCUUCCUCUCAAUGCAACGCGUCGUCGUGUACCAAAACACUUGGCCGUGAUUUUCGUUCCAGACCUUGAUGUACAUCCGGACAUUCACAUGACGAUAGACUGGUGUCGUGAAUUGGGCAUUGAGAAGGUUACUUUAUAUGACAGUGAAGGUCAGGCAUCAGCUACCACCAUUCGUCACCAUAUAGCCCUGUCAUCGCAACCUUGUGAAACUGCUGCCUCCGUGGACCACGAGUAUCCCCCAACACCCCCGCUCUCGGAGCCAGAUUCCCGGCCAGUCUCUCCAGAACAUAUUCCAGAAGUGAAUCCAUACACGGUCAUUUCUCUUCCAAGGUCUUGUGUUGCUGCGGAUGGACGACGGAGACCUUCAGCUACGCGAAAUUCACAUGGACCAAUGAUAUUGUACCUCGUCUCCUCCUCCUCAUCUAAACCCGCGAUCGCUGCGGCUGCGCGUUCCAUUUGCAAAUUAGAGCUCUCUUAUUCAAAAAUAUCUACCGACAAAUUUAAACUUUCGGUUGAGGAAUUAGGUCAGAGACUCGAGGGAAAAGACGGAGUUCCUCCACCUGAUUUCAUGAUCGUGCACCCGAUGUCUCCAUCCAAGUAUAACCGUACACCACCAGAACUACACGGCCAUAAUCGACACAUAAAACGGCACGCGGCUUGGAUAACUUGGGUCCUCCCUCAGAGAUUCUACUCUGCCAGAUGGCCCGUCCCACUAACGGAGAUGGAGUUUAGAGAGGCCCUUGACGAGUACGCAGGUGCCGAGAUGCGCUUUGGGAAGUAGCUGUGUGUGUAGAAGUUGUUCUAAUAAUGUUGGACAUUUAUACAAGUUAGAAUACAUAUCUGUGAGUGUUUUGGUGGAGGUGACUCGCGAUGCAUGAGCUGACGCGUAUAGCUAGGUUUAUGUAUACUUGACCUUAAUCCCAUUUCGUUUCACCUAUUCCU